AUGGUCAAUUUUUCAGAAACUACAGUUGACGAAAAGCCAGUGUCAGUAAAUGGCAUGGAAAAUCUGAAAGCGAAGAAUGAACCUAGCACAACGAAGAAAAACGGGAGCCAGAAAGAGAACCGCGAUCUGCUCAAGGUUAAGGAUGCGACGAUAAGACAACAGGCGCAGGAAAUAAAGAAUCUGCAAAACGAAAUUCGCAGAAUGAAGAAACAACGCGACGAGGCCGAGAGUUUUUACGAAAAAGCAAAGACUCUGAAAGCGAACUACAAGCCUGUAGCAAAAUACGAGGACAUUAUAAUCAAUCGCAUGCAGAAAAUCAGCGACAGAGCGGCGAAAGGGAAAACCGAAGCAGAAGCCUACAAGGAAGUGAUUAGGAGCAUCCCAAUUCUUUCCGCCAACCAAAAAACAAUUUGGGAACAGGUUGAUAAAUACUUUCCCGAAGCCAAAAUAAUUGUGAAAAAUUUUGGAAAGACAUAUCGACGUCUGCCAGAGCGCGCAAAAAAGUUGCACUUUUUCGACGAGAAAAAGUAUUGCGACGCGGCUACGAACACCCCCCUUCUGGCCGACAACAAGAAUACGAAAUACAAGCAGCUCACUGUUCAAGAAAAAUGGACUCCUAUUGCGUUCAACGAUAUCUCGCCGAGCGAUUCGAAUGGCCAAACGUCGAAACCUUCAGAAUCUAGUGCAAUCUUUCACGGUUCUUCUUAUCCAGCCUGUUCGUCGUCAAGUUCCGAUAAUUUCCAGCAAAACAACGCAGCUGCCAGAAUCCCUGAUCCUCAGCAGUCUCAAGCGACGCCAUCGAUAAAUACCGCUCCUUUCCACCAGGUUCCAAGCCAAAUCGGUGUUAGCACAGGCAUGCCCUCAAAUCUGAAUCAAAUCCAUUCCAUUCCAUUACCCUAUGAUACUAAAGUCAUCCAGCCCUGGAUGUUCCAGUAUGGAAGUAUCAUCGACCAAAAAGACCUGUCCGCAACUUCAAACCAAACCGUAGCUCCUCCAGCAGCCGCUUCAGACACAAACAGGCCUUCUCCAUCGACAAAUUCCGAAGCAAUCAGACCUAGUCCAAGUGUAUCUCCUACUGAUCGUCCAAUUCUCCCGAAGUCCCUUCAGCCGGUUAUUGAACAGUUCCAGCAAUCGAUUAAUUUAAUGAAAACGACACCUCCCGGAAAGAAGCGUAAAUCGCAAGAGAUGUCUGAAACUAAUGGCGCGAUCGACCUAACUAGUGAUGACGAAAUCAUACAGCCAGCGAAGAAAAUCAACUUGAACGGGAGCGCUCCAGUUUCUCCACGCCUGAUUUCCAAUCCAGGGCAAACAUACUCAACGACGAAUCCUGUGACAAUUGCAAACGGAAUCCCCACAACGAACGUUCAGGCACCUUGCGUCGUGAUAGCGAAAGCUCUGCCUAUAAAAAUCGUCAAUGCUCCCACGACGGGCCGUUGUUCGCGAUCGCCUAAGAACACAGACUCUUCGAGUCCAGAGUCGCCCCCGAGAAAGAAUCUCCCGAGAUUGUUGUAUUCCGACAUCCCCGAGUGCAAUAAAGUGAAGCUCAACGACGGCGUUACGCGAAUUCUCCCGCCCCUUCCCCCAGUUCCCAAAUUCACAACGUCUUCGAAAGAUGUAAAUGGCAUUUUACAGCAACUCCCUCAUAGAUUGAAGUUAAAAGCUACAUUUUCAUCGAACAACACGGUCGUUUGUAUGUGGGACAUUGACAAGACUGAAAAGGAACUGAAGGAUAGAGCCAAACCAGAGUCUUUUGAGCUCUACGUCUUAAAGAUUCCCGCCGAAGAGAGACGUUCAGCGCAUCGAGAUAUCAGAGACCGAGGAAUCAAAUGGAAACUUAUUGGCAAUAAAGACGUUAUGUUUCACCGGAUUCCAGUCAGAUGUUCAUUAAAGAACUUUCCGAAAAAAGGCGAUUACAUUUUCAUCAUACGCGCGAAGGAUCGCUAUGGUCGAGUUGGUGCCUUCAGCGAGUUUGCCGUGGCGAAGUCGCCCGAGCCUGGAGAGUACGUGGAAGGAAUGCCUGAGGUUUCUGGGGAACCGAUUUCGAUUGAUUAA